AUGACCGACACCGACACGACGGAAUGCACGGAUCAUCACACUACGACCACUUUUACGACAUCUACGACCACAACUGCUGCGACCAGCAGCAAGAGAGGGUCAACGGCGUGCAGUAAGAGCAGCAAGAGCAAUGUCUGCUCCAGCGGCAAGAGCAGCAGCAAGCAGAGCAGCAAGAGUUGUAAGAGCUGCAAGAGCGAUAAGAGCAUCAAGAGCGAUACUGACAAAUCUUCAGGAGGCUCGUCAUGCAGGAAGAGAAAGGAAGAUGCUGGAGGCGAUGAUACCACCUGUUCAUGUACAGGAAAGAGCGACAUGUCAGGAGAGGGAAAAGAAAAUAUGACACAAGCCAACAUGUCAGCCAGUAAAUGCAAAUUAGCGACAGCAAAUCAAUGCUUGAAAAGCGAUCAUGGGGAAGCACCAGCCGGGACUUUCUUUACCCGUCUUAUCAACAAAUACGAAACCCGUCGGAUUCAAAAUAAGCGUCUCGAAGAAAAGCUUAAUGAAAGACUAAAUCAACUCGAAUGCAAAAUGCCCGAGAUGAUGUGCGCAAAUAUGUUCAGAAUUUUGGCCGAAAAACAGCGGCAGAAACCUCCUGUACCUUUACAGUGCAUAAAAAAAGCUGCCAGGAACAAGAAUACUUGUCUCAUGAACAAGGACAAUAUGCCCUGCUUAGAUAUACCUGAAACUGAUUCAGAUAUAUGCCCAGUUAAGGAUAUUUGUAAUAAAGAAUUUGACGUACAUAAUAUGACUUCUCAAGAAAUAGUUGAAAUGGUCGAGUUUCAAAACUUGGCAAUGGAAGAGAAAGCCAGGAAAAGACGUAUCAAAGAUCUGCAGGCACAAGAAAAAAAGUACAUGGAAACAUUUGAAAGAGCAGCCUUAUUGAUAGAAAAAGGUGAGAAUGCUUUUAUAAAAACCUUGGGACAUCCUGUUAAACAGUCUAAAAAGUCAAAAUCUAAAGAAACAAUUUGUCCAGUACCACCGGUAUGCGCGGAAAAGGGUCAGAAAAAAACAAAAGUGAAAUCUGGGCCAGAGGACAAAAUGAAAGAAAAAAUUAAAUGUCUGUGUGAGCAAAACCAGGGACUGGUACAAGCCAAUGUAAGGAAUGAAUCUGAAAUUAAAAAAUUGCAAUGCGAAUGCGACAAACUCCGCAAAGAAUGCGAUGGGAUAAUGGCCGAAAAGUUGCAAAUGGCUCGUAAGAAGUGCAGGCAAAUUGAGGAGCAAAUCAAAGAUUUAUCUAAAAAUUUUGAAGAUUGUGCUUGUGAGCGUACUCGGGAAUUAAAUGAUAUGAAAAGUAAAUGUGACCAAAUUUCUAAAAAACGAGGCGAACUCAAAGCUGUUAAUAGAGAGUUGCUUUGUAAUUGCGAUAAGCUGACUGCAAAAAGGGAUCAUUUGGAUGAGAAACUAACGGCACAGAAACAAAAUGAAGAUGUUUUGUUGAAAAACAUGAACGAAAUAAUGUGCGAAAAAGGAUGCGGUGGAAUGCUGGAUAUGACACCCGCAAGUGGAGCUGCUGGACCAAGUGGUAGAUCGGAAAAAGCGCAGGCAAGAGCUUGCAAUUUGCUUGGCAUGGCAGCAAGACUGACUGAAGCGUUGCAUAAUGUAGAGCGAUGCAGUUACUGUAAUGACACCGUCGCGCCCGAACUCAAAUGUGUCGUAAAGAACGUGAAGAAACUCGUGGAGACUGUUGAUGAGUGCUUAUGCUCAGUUACGGUUCCCGAAACAGCCGAAGCUGCAGUGCAACUAUCACCUCCUCCGUGUGAAGCCACUGUUGUAAAAUCGGGUGCACCACCGCCACCUCCUCCACCGCCUCCGCCGCCCACAGAGAUGCAGGUCGAACAACCAGCAGAGGUCGAGGAACCAGCACCGAUGCCACCACCACCACCGCCGCCGACGGAGGUGUCGGUGGAGGGCGAACAAGAAGAAUAUGCCGAAAUGAUUUUGGAACAAAGAAGGUAUGAAAUCGAAAGUAUAGCUGGCGAGGAAAAAAUCUGGGAAGCGGAAGCAGAGGCAAUCGAAGAAGCUGAAGCCGAAAUAGAAAGCGUUUGCGAAGAAGCAGAAACUGUAAUUGGGGAAUCCUUGGCUGAGGAGCCUGAAGCCGAGUCCAUAUUUGAAGAAGCGGAAACGAUAAUGGAAGAAUCUAUACUCGAAGAAGAAGGAACUAUAAUAGAAUCCAUAGCUGAAUCAAUACCCGAAGAGCCAGAAAUUGAAUCUAUAGCUGAUGAAGCUGAAAUUAUGGCAGAGCCAGAACACAUGGAAGAAGAAAUUUCAGAACCAGCAGAAAUAAUGGAAGAACCGCCGGAAAUUGAAGAAGAGGAGAAGUAUGUAGAGGAAGCAGAAUCCGAGGCAACAAUUGAAGCUAUUCCAGAAGAAACAGUGGCUGAAGAAAUUAUUCUUGAAGAAGAAAGUGUAGCAGAACAACCAGCUGAAGAGGAAUUUUUAGAAGUUUUGGAAGUGGAAGAAGAGGAAGAACCAGAAUGGAAAGAUGUCAUUGAGGAAGAGGCUUCAAUUGAAUCCAAAAUAGAGGCUGAAGCUGAAGUUGAAGCCGAGGCAGAAAUAGAAGCUGAAGCUGAAAUAGAAACUGAAGCAGAAGCAGAAGGUGAAGUUGAAGUCGAGACCGAAGCCGAGGAAGCAGGAAUCGAAGCGGAAGAGGCAGAAGUCGAAGCUGAAGAGGCAGAAGUCGAAGCAGAAGAGGCGGAAGUCGAAGCAGAAGAGGCGGAAGUCGAAGCAGAAGAGGCGGAAGUCGAAGCAGAAGAGGCAACUGCAGAGGAAUUAGAAGAAGAAGCUGAAGUGGAAGGAGAAGCAGAACCUGAAGAGGCCGAAGAAGUCCAAGAAGAAGAAGAAGCGAAAGAGGAGAUAGAAGAGGUUGCUGAAUCUGAGGAAGGGUAUGAAGAAGAGGCAUCGAUUAUGAUGAGCAUAGAACACAGUAUAACGAUUGAAGAAGAAGUAGAAAUGUCAAUUGAGGAAGAAUCCACGGAAGAACCUGCUGCAGAAGCAGUUUGUACUUGUGAACCAGAGGAAGACACGGGGCCUGUAGAAAUCGAUGUUGCAAUCGACACCUCACCAAAGUGCAAAGGUAAAGGUCCUUGUGUCCAGGGCGAGGCUGACUUCAGGCAACAUGUUCAAAAUGCCCUCAACAAAGCUAACAGGGAUGUCAUGAUCGCUCUGGAGAAGGCAAACAGAGAAGUCGCUCACGCCAUGACCAAGGCUAAUAAAAAUGUUGAACAUGCAAUGAGGAGUGGUCUUGCACCGGAUUGUUGGGAUGAAUGUACUUGUGACACCGUCUGUUUUAGUAAAUUUGUCAACGGUUCAAUAAUAUAA